GGCGAGAGAGCCGCCAGUCUCUCCACUCUGUCGCUGUAGUAACGUCUGGGAAGCGGAGACACCGAGCAGCAGGUCACCUCAGCAGCCCAGGCGGACGGAUAAUAAAAACUAAACCAACUGGAGAACACGGCGCGUGCUCCGUGAAACACCGCCGGAUAGAUAUUUUUAUAAACUUGACGUCGUUUGGAAGUAACACUGACACCGGAGCGGGAUAGUGUGGACAGCUGGACACCGAGCAGGAGCACAAAAAUAACUUUUUAUCCUCUUUUUGUCGUCGUCGAGGAAAUAUCUUCACUGUCUGGGUCGCGUGCGCAACAGUGGACCAAGUACAAGUCGAUUUAAGUUGUGCUGUUGUUUGUAUUUGUGCCCGUGGAGCUGGUGACGGUGAGGCGGACACCAGAGAAGCGGCGGCUCGGCAGCCACCUGACCUCCUGGAAAAUAAGACCGCAGCUAAUGACACGCAGGCUGAGAGCCUUACGUGGCUCAUUACUAAGCUCUCUGCCUCUCUCCACGAGGUUGUUGCACGUCCAAGUCUUGACGCACCCUUCCACACGUGAAGUUUGCAGAAUCCAAUUACUGAUAGCCUAUCUGAAUUAUGGUAAGUGCUAAUUAAUUUGUGUCAGCUGUGAAAUUGAAUUAGUUGGGACUUAAUUGCCCGUUGAAGUUGCCCCCUUUCAUCGCUCUAUCCAGUAAUAAGCGAGUGAUCUGUCAGCGCCAGACAGCAUGGAUAUAACCGGAGUGCACGUCCUCCAGCAGCGGUCGUGAUGCCAAGCGCCGGUCUGAUCCCGCGCCGCCAGCCCGUAAUGCCUGCACUCUAACCCGCACCAGUGUGGCGCCGUGUCCCUGUCGCACCGCCAGGAUGAGCAGCACCGACCUGGAGCGCAUGUCGCUCAGCUCCUCGGCAAACUCGGUGGCCUCCAGCGCGCGGACGUUGUCGGCCAACGUGAGGAAGCUGCACAACGCGCUCAACCUCCUGCUCAACGACUUCGAGAGGGAGCAGUUCAUCCACUGCCUCAAUGUGUACCACUCCAAACGCAACGUGUACGACCUGGUCCAGACCCUCAACGUGAUCCUCAACGCGCCCAGCAAGCGGCAACUUCUGCCCAUGCUGCGCCUGGUCAUCCCCCGCUCUGACCAGCUCCUCUUCGAGCAGUACACCUCAGAGGGCCUCUACUUAAAAUCGGAUUUAGUUGCAAGCAACGGCAACGCCGACCCCCCGCCGGGCGACUUCCCCAGCGCCAGCCCUACUCCCCCCGGGCAUUUCUCUCCAAACAACCCACCCGAGUUCCAGGUGGCGUUGCGCGGCUCGCCGGACAGCUUCAGCACCAGCAGCGAUGGGACAGCUCCCCUCGUGCCGCUGCUCGGGAGGAACUUUGUCCACGAGCCGCCGGGUGAGAUCCGGCAGGUCACCAUGAAGCGACACAAGAGCAACGAGGGCCUGGGCUUCAGCAUCCGCGGCGGCUCGGAGCACGGGGUGGGCAUCUACGUGUCUCUGGUAGAGCCGGGGAGCCUGGCGGAGAAGGAGGGUCUCCGCAUCGGCGACCAGAUCAUGAAAGUCAACGACAAAGUCUUCGACAAAGUCACACAUGCUGAAGCAGUGAAGGUGCUGAAGGGCAGUAAAAAACUCUGCCUUUCUGUGCGUUCAGUCGGGCGGAUUCCAGGCGGCUACGUCACAAACCAUGUUUAUACCUGGGUUGACCCCCAGGGUCGCAGCGUUUCCCCUCCUCCUGACCUGCCUGAGCAUCGGAGCGCCACCCUGAGAAGAACUGACAGCCAGCGACGCAGCAACAUGCAGCUAUUGCAGGAGGGAGACGAAAAGAAGGUCAACUUGGUGUUGGAUGACGGCCGGUCUCUGGGUCUCAUGAUCCGGGGCGGAGCAGAAUAUGCUCUAGGUAUUUACAUCACUGGAGUGGACCAGGGAUCAGCAGCAGAGUGUGGAGGACUCAAGGUCGGCGACCAGAUCUUGGAGGUGAAUGGCCGCAGCUUUCUGAGCAUCCCGCAUGACGAAGCCGUCAGGGUCCUGAAGUCGUCGCGGCACCUCAUGAUGACAGUGAAAGACGUGGGGCGCCUGCCGCACGCCAGGACAGUGGUGGGUGAGACCAAGUGGAUCGCCAGCUCGCAGAUUGGAGAGAGCUCCGCCAACAGCAGCGUGGCAGGCUUCUCAGUGGACAAAGGAGCCUCCGCAGCAGGAAAGCCUGGGUUUUAUAAAGGCGUGGCGGGCUCACAGGUGACCCUCUCCAGCCUGGUGAACCAGUCGCGGGCCAUGCUGGAGGAGCAGGCGCGCCACUUGCUGACGGAGGCGGAGCGGCAGACCAUGGGCUACUACGUGGAGGAGUACCGAGAAGGACACAUUGGAGUGGAGCAGCUCGUCGUGGCGCUGUUCGAGCUGCUCAACACGCACGCAAAGUUCUCUCUGCUGUCAGAGGUGCGAGGCCUGGUCACCCCACAGGACCUGGAGCACUUUGACGGGCUGGUGCUGAGACGUGAGAUCCAGGCUCUGAAGGCGCGACAGGGGACAGCUGGAGCGACGGCACUCCAACCAGACUCCCUGUCUAUGGUGUCAUACCCAGACACCUUGACCUCGUCGUCAGCCAGCUUCAUGACGAACACCACCCUCAGCUCUGCACGGGAAAGGCUGCUCUGGCUGAUAGAUAUGAUGGAGAAUGACAGCGUGGUGGAAAGUAAUGAAGAGGAUCCUCCGGAGAGUCUGAACACGCUGCUGACCGACAUCUCUCUGGACGACGUACAAUCCAACACAGCUGAGUCUCCCCCCUCCUUCAAGCCUCCGCCCCCACCUGGGGUGCAGAGGCGCCCAACUAGACGAGAUCAGCUCAACAAAUGCCCCUCAUCCGAAUCCUCCCACUCAGGCUUGUACUUCACAGCCCCGGCCUCUCACAACCACAGCAAAGAGCCAGGACACGCCCCCGCCUCGCCCGCACUGCACCACAAAAGAGAACAUCCCAGGGACCCGUCUCGGGACUACGCAGUCAUCAAAAAAAGAGAUCCCUCGGUACCGUUCAAGAAAGAGCACAUAGCAGCUGCUCAGUUGUCCAUGGUCACACAGCACAACAUUGGCCCUUUCCCCAGAGUCCAGUCCCCCAGCAGAGGCACCAAACCUGCUGCCCCGUCCCCUUCACCUCCACCUCCACCUCCACUCCCUGCUCCUCCUCCUCCUCCCCCUUCUUUGCCCCUUAAGCCAGUGUCCAUGUCCAAAGCUUCCGGCUCCACUCCUGGCUCUAAACAACAGUUUGUUACAGUGGAGGUUCACAGGCCCAACGCAGAGCCUGACGUCAACGAGGUGCGGCCGCUGCCCCAAGCUCGAGGUGGUGCCCUGUCUCAGCUGUCAGACAGUGGCCAGACCCUCAGUGAAGACAGCGGGGUGGACAUAGCUGAGUCAGGACACGUCAGCAAAGACAGCAGUCCCCAUUCCUCACGCACUCGCCACACUCGAGAGACCCAGGGGGGCGGGGGGGACAACUCCUCCAAACCGCCGGGGCUGUUGGAACCCACCUCGACACUAGUGAGGGUGGCAAAAAGUGCCAGCACUCUGGGUAUUGCCAUUGAAGGAGGAGCCAACACUCGACAACCGCUGCCACGAAUUGUCACAAUACAGAGGGGUGGCUCAGCUCAUAACUGUGGCCUGCUGAAGGUGGGUCAGGUGAUCCUGGAGGUAAACGGGGUUUCCAUGAGGGGCCGCGAGCACAGGGACGCCGCACGCCUCAUUGCCGAGGCCUUCAAGACCAAAGAGAGGGACUACGUGGACUUCCUGGUGACCGACUUCAAUGUGGCGCUAUAGCUGAGUCGAAGAGGAGUGAGGACAAUGUGGGCGGCGCCAAGAGAAGAAGAGUUCAAGGACAACGUGAGAGGAAGACAUUUAAGCGUCUGUUGUUUUAAAUGGCACAACUCUUUUAGAUAGACAUAAACGAACCACCAUCUGAUCUCUGAGCCGCUCUUCUACAAAAAAAAACAACCCACCCUUUGAGUCUGGAUACAUGAUACUCAAAUUUACAAGGUAUUACUUCCGCCGUGGACUUCGUUCAGGAUCCUCCUCAACGUGUUACCUCCCCACUGUGAGACCUUAUGCACUAAAAAGGAAAGUAGUGAAACCCAAUUCAUUUUCUUUGUCCUCUCAGUGUUGAAACUUGUGGAGUUACAACCAUUUGAAUCCCACUGGACCUUCUCGUAGCACUCCCACGUCCCAUGGUCAGUUAAUUUAUUUUUCGCUUCUACCUGAGAGACAACUGCACACCUAAGACUGAUUCACGCUCGACUUUACAAGCUUGGAUUUGUAUAUGUAAAAAUGAACAAAUGUAGAUACAGAUGCGUAUAUACUGUACACAUAAAGAUACUCCUGUAUGAAUUAUAAAACCCGUAACCUAUGUUGCAUCAUCAACAUAUAGUGAUAUAUUUCAGAGAUGAUGAUAAUUCAGGCCAUUCUCGUGUUAUGGGAUUCUACACAUUUUACAGUGAUGCUACCGGCCUGUCUGCGUAUUACCACUCUUGAAUAAAUAAAAUCAUGUCAGGCAAGUAACAGCAGACAUUACAUGCUCAUAUUUGUUUGUCAGACAUCAGGCAAGGCAUGUGUAUGAUGUAAAUCUUCAUAUGGGCAGCACACAAAUGCAUUUCCUGUUUUCUUUUCUACUUCUCCAUGUGUAUCUGUUUUGUUUGAGACUAUGUCCACACUUAAAGCUCCAGUAGGCAACAUUGUUUUGGUAUAAUUGAGUAACAGUUUUAUAAUAUCCUCUAAGCAUAAUGUAUAUCAAGUGGUCUGAAACAAACAAUAGGUUUCUGCACCUCACCAUGGCUCUGUGUUCAGCCUCUAAAGAAUCAGUAUCGUGCUGAUGUGCAUCAACCAAUCGAAGGACAGCUCAGAACACUGCGUUCCUAUUGCCUGUUCUACUGCACAUGCACGUUCCCGUGCCGUCGGCAGAAGGGGAGAGCAAGUGGCAAUGGCGAACAGUGCACCAGGUAAAAUAGCUAUUCCAGCAUUGGCUACAACUGCCUACACGGCUAAACAACCCAAAAAAAGGAAGACAGAACUCGGUUCCCCGGAGCCCCGGAGGGAGGGGAAGGGUGAGGUGGGGCCGGGCCCGGCCGGAAGGUGCGAGGGUCGGCUGUGGUAGCGGAGCCGAGGGCUCUCCGUGGAGAGAGAGAGCCGAGCCUCGGGGGUAUGAGCGGGGCGGGCUGCUGCACGGAGAGGGAGAGCCGAGCCUCGGGUGUAUAUGUGCGGGGCCGCAAAGGAGGGAUGGGGCGGGCUGCUGCGCGGUGAGGGAGAGCAGAGGCUCCCAGAGAGGGAGAAAUAGAACCAAGUAGGAUAAAAUACUUGCGUGCUCGUCUGUUAGGAGGGGCUCAGGGCGGAGACGAAUGAAACCUAACUCAGAUGAAACUCAAAAAUCCACCGUUUUCAGGCUUUCUACCUACUGCAGCUUUAACCAGCUAAAUUUGAAAAUGCCUCUUCAAUUAUCACCUAUUCCAUUUUAAUUUUAGAAGAACUCACAAUUUGUUCUUAUUAACAUAUUCUUCUCUUGCUGUUUUCAGACACCUACAAAAGUUAAAAUAGUGCUAUGAUAGCAGAUCAGAAAUCCUACCUGAUGCCACCCUACUAGCUGCUCUUUGAGUCCCUCUCUCUAAGUAAGAAAUACACCAGAUGAGCAACAAAAUCAUGUCAUUUUAAGAAGUAAGUCAGUCAAUAAUUGGCUGUUCCCCAUCAUGCCAUGAGCAACUGCAAUCUAAUUUCAUGUUGCACACAUUGCAAGUAGUUUUUAACACAACAGCAGGACACAGUAAAAAGAGUUGGCUACCUUGGUGAGGUGUUGGAGGUGUUCAGCCAGUCUGCUGCAGCUCUUCAUCUAACAGCUCACUGAUGCUGCUUCUGACUGUUUCUGUUCUUCCCUGCAAUAGUUAGAACUGAUCUGCUUUUAAAAAUGCAGAAAAUUAUUAUUUUCUUGUUUUAGCUGUCAGUAAUAACCUCGCUGACAAAUAUAUCCUGUGACUACUUCAAAAUAAAAGCAGCAUUAUGGCCCUUUCAUAACUGGUAUUAUCAUGGCUCUCAAGUGAUCUGAUCUCAAGUGGACGACAGUAAAUAGAAUUGUAAAUGAAAAUCAAGAUGCAUUGUGAUCACACAAACUGAGAUGGUCUGGGCCACAUUCAAUCACGUAUCUUUUUUGUAGUGUAAACACUGAUGUGUCCUGAUGCGUCCCAUUCAACGACUACGUCAACAAUGUAGGACAUGGUAGUAACUUGCCCAUUUUGCGACGAGUUGGACGAAGUGUUGCGUGACCGUCCAGCCUUUUGCCCUGUAGACCUUUUUACUGUCAGUAAACAGUAUGAUGUUUUUUGGUGGGAGAGGCUUAGCUAGAGGCAAAACAAUUGUCCACAGACACUAGCUAGCAAGUUCUGUUAGCUUGUUUUAGACAAUGGAGGGAGAUUGAUGUGAGCGGUGUGUUCAGAAAUAUUCAUUUCGAGUGCCGGAGCGCACUCUGGCACAAACUGGACCGAUCCUAAAUUUGUUACGCUAUCAGAAUGUACUGUUCGGUUAUUCAGAGCACCGCACUCUCAGAAUGGCAGAGCACACUCUGAGCACUGUCUGAACAGCAGAGCACUGAGCGGAGUGAAUGUGUGAUUAACUUAACUGUUCAUUAAUUCAUGUAGAAAUAUAACGCUUUGUUUCUUCUACCAAAGGGCUCUCAUUUUAGUGUAGAGUGUUAGACUGAAUUUACGAAUGCACCAUGUCAGGUCACUCACUCUUCAGGACUGCGAGUGUUACUUGAAUGAGUAAUCACUGGCCAAUCCGUAUGCCCUCACUCAGUGGAUCGAUUAUGUCGCAGGAAGCUUUGUGGUUGAUUACUAUGCCAAUCUUACAAAGGAGGACGACACUUCAAUGGUCUCCUCCAGUUUGUUUUGCUAUCAAAGCUAACGUUAGCUAAUGCACUUAAAAGUUAGCAAAGAUAUCCGAUAUUCCUAUUAAUACCUCCCCAGUUUCAGAUGACGUGGACAUGAUAAUGCUUAAUACACAUAACAUUAUUCAUCCCUACAACAUUAAAUACUUUUUCCCUAACCUGAUAGGAAGUGUGGGCUGCACUUGUGAGCAUUUUUAGUGAACACCUCCGUCCAGUCCUUUCAUCUUAUCGCAUUUAACCAUAGUUGUCUUCAUUUAUGUUGACGGGCAGUGGCGGCUGGUAUGCGAUAGAAUUUAAGUUUUGAGCCAUGACUUCUUCUAUUCUGGCUCCCAAUAACACAGCAAGACCACAUUGUAAGACUUCUAUGUAGCCUACAGCCCUGUGGUAGUGAGUUGUGUUUUGCCUCCAGCUAACAAACUGACGUGGUUGUGACGUCAGCCUUAAAAGGGUCUAUGGAAGGACACCUGUUGAAUUCUGCUGACAGGGAUAUCUUCAGCUAUAGUGAUACAACUGCUUACUUGACACAGGCAGCAAGCGAAGAUAUGGAAGUAAUAACUCUGCGCAAGGCUCUUUGACCUUCUUGUGUAAGCGACUUAGGUAGUGACGAAAUCUGAACACAAAUGGUCAGCUGGAGACACAAAACAGACACAGGUGUGAACAGUGAUUUGUUUUGGCUGUCGAUCAGUGAAACACAUGUCAGUACCAGGUGUAAACAGGCUCUGUGUUUCACCAGCUGAAUGUGGGGGGACUGUGGGGGACUGAUAACUGGUGACUGUGAGCUGUCACUGUGGUAACUGGUAAACACUGAGGCUUAUAUAAAUUAGAUAAAUUAAAAACACCGGAUAACAUGCUGCAUCGUUUACUGUGAAUCCCACUGGGAAAGGCGGACCCGCCACUUAAGAUGAGAGCUACCACAUAGAGAGGUAAUUACAGAAAGUAAAUACAGUGAAUGGCUACUGCUGAAAGAGUGCCGGCCAUGAAUAGUAUUAACACCUGCAAUGUAGCCAAGUUUUCUGGUGCACACUAAAUCAUGAGGUUGUUGUGUUCAGAUUCAUUCACUCUACAAAGCAAGUUUGAAAAGCUCAGUUUUGGUGCAGCAAAAACACAACACAUUAUAUGCGUUUCCAGAUCUGGCCUGUGUAGUGUGGAGGUACACUCAGAGGGGAUAAAUUCCCUCAUUCUUUCCCCCUCACACUGCUCAGCUUUUUUCCUGCUGCUCUGAAUAACAAUUGAUGAUUUUAUUUUGUAAUUUCAUAGUUUUAAUUAUAUUCACCCUGGGGGGCUUGCUGAAGCCACGCUCAGUGCAGCAAUUACGCCCAAGAGGGGAGUAAUGAGACAUUUAGAGGACGACACUGCCAAAGAUUUGAGGAACACUCCUUCCACACAUGUUCACACAUGGAGCUGAUUUGCAUGCACGCACACACUCCAUCCACUUAUAGAAAAGCAAUUAGGAGAUAAGCAAUCAGGUGGAGUGAGGGAUGGAGCGAGGAAGAGAGGAAGAGGGAGAAUGAGGAUGAGGGAGCGACAAAAGUAACAAAUGAGACGUGAUUGUUGUUGUGAUGAUUUGCUUCCUCUCAGGAAGAGUGCAAGUAUGAAGAGGAUGUACAGCAAACAUCCUCUGUGUGUCACUCCAGAGACUCGCAGUAGGCUGUAGGUAGAAAUAUGAGGUAAUUGGAGUAAUUAAUCUAAGUGUGCAUGGAUGUGUGUUGUGUAUAGGUUUAAUGUGAAUGUUGUGUGUCUGUCUGAAGUUAAUGAAUGAAAGGAGAAUAAAAAUCAGCUCGAAACAAGGAGACGGCAAAUAAAGACAAAUGUAAAUGUCAUCAAGGGAGCUGCUGUAUCAGAGCAGUAUGAGGAAGUGAAGCGGUAGUGUGGUAGUCAGGGCUUUUUGAAGAAUGCCAACAGAGCAGCUCUGUGAGAAAUUGCUAUCAAACACUCCUGAAUCACUCUGGUGACAGCUAAGAGAAAAGAACAACACAUCCAUGCUUUGUUUUGACACCAUGUCUGAGCUGUCUAUCUUUAAAAUGUCAGCCUUUAAUGAGUAAAAAACAAAUGUUAGGAAGGGUUUUUUUAAAGGUCACACCCACAUCCUGUACCCGUAAUGCCCAAUUAUGAUGCCAAAAUGUAUUUUUGGACAGAAUCUAUCAUUUCUUAACAGGCGAAAAUCUGAUGAAACCUUGUAGUCCGUUUAUCACGUUGCUCAUUUUACAAGUGAGAAGUAAGAACCAUUUUUUUUAAAGCUGCAAGAUUUUAUUUUGGCCACCAAAUGGCACAGCUCUGAUAUAAUUUUAAAAAUCUGGCUCUUUCACUGCUACGUUGGUUGCUGAUUUUGUCCACGUUCGUUUCAUUUUAGGAAGGUAGUGUAUAUAACAUUGAUGAGGCGGUUGAUGCAAAUUGAUGCCAACGCACGUUCUUGUGCGGUCAAAAUGUUUCAAAUUGAGCAAAAAUGUAUGCAUAUCCCCAGGCUUUAUGAAACUAUGAUGUAAACAUGUGGUCAAGUGAGGAAAAAGAUUAGAGACUGGAGGGAUAUGAUAGAAAGAACCAGAGUUUCUGGUGAGAUCGGUCAGAGGCUGAACUGAAUACCAACACAUAAUACCGCACACAGUCUCUGCAUUUGUUGCUUGCUAGCUUACAGCUCAUGUACAGUGGGUACAGUGACUGUUAGGGGCAAAUUAAUGGUCAAGUGGUCAAGUAAAGUGAAGUGAAAUUAAAGUAAAUGUGCUGUAAAACUGGAACACUAAGCUAAAAGAAGCUUAAAAAACUCUGAUUAUUGCAGCUUUGCUAAUAGCAGUAAACCUCUCUCUGUGUUAUAAUCAAAGCUUCUCUGUUCUUUGUGGUGGUAGCUGGUCCAGCUUUGUGUGUAUACUAGUGCAUGUGACUGUGAUCCACGGGCUAGCUAAUCACUGCAUCUCUGCACUGUGCUCAUAUGGCGUAUAUGGCGUUUACAAAAUCGUCUUGACUCGCAGUGGCAGGACGGUGUUGUGGCAGGAGUGUAGCACCCUGCCUGUGAUUCCACCUUCAGAUUAACAACGUUAGCUCUGUCAACACUGUUGCCAUUGUUAGCACUGUUAGCUGCUAGCCAGCUCAGGGGUCCAUGUCAUUGGUCCGACAUCCCAUUAGUCUGACGUCCCGUUGUUCCGAUAUGUGAUUAUACUAGGCUAUACUGUAUUUGUGUACCAUAGAGGAUCAGCAAACGCAACAAAAGUAGGCUACUGGUCAAGAUACAAGUGUCAUAGAGAGAAGAGAGUGAAACACCAUAACCUCCUGUUGUUAACUCUGGGGUCUGGGUUGUGUGGGGAGCUCUCCGCGGUGCUGAAUGGCUCCCGGCGGGCAAAUUUCUGCCUUGAUAGUGCGCGGCAACCGGCUCUGGGUCAGCUGGGAAAGGCUUGAGGCGAAGCAGGCUCAUGGCUUAUGUGUUUGCCACUUUCUUUUUCAUUUUGACCCACACCAUGAUCUUUUCCUGACCCUAACCAAGUGGUUUUUGUGCCUAAACCUAACCAGACCUUAACCACAGGGCAUCGUGAUGAUUUCGGAACAACGGGACUUCGGAACAGUGGGUUUAAUAUGGUCGGACCAAUGGGCAGACCCCCAGCUCAGCCAGUUCCGUGUUGAGAAGCGUGAGCAGACAAUCCUCAGAUUCUGAGUCAUAGAUAUGCUCCACAAGUUCCUCUAAAACCAGGGUGAAACACAAUGUUUGAAACCCUGUUUCACUUUUGAGCUGGUCAGAAGUUUGCUAGUGAUGUCACAGGGUCCUCAUUAUUUCAGCAGGGUAAGAAGUGAAGGCACUAGAGUCAGAUUUUAAGGGGGUGUUGAUGUAAAUUACUCAGUAAAGUUGAUAUAAGCCUGCCAAAAUACAGUUUCAAUGCAUCCCUAACAACUAUCCAAAUGUAAAAACUUACACAAACAGGAGAAAUAGAUUCCUCCAUUCAUAUAAAAAUAUGUAAAAUUAAGCUAAUAUGAGUUUCUUGGUAAUGUCCACUUCAGUGUUGAUUUUACACAUCUAGCAGAAUUUGAAUUUUGUUGUAAGGUAGACACUAAAAUAUCCAAAAAAUUACAGUUAUUUCAAAGCAUCUUUUCCAGUCGACAUCCUCUCACUUUCACGUGCACUUUAUUUCAAAUGUGUCAGGUACAGGAUCAGGAAACAUGCACAUAUUGUAUCUAUAUUAAAGAACCGCGUAAACUUUUAUCACAGGAAAAAUGUGUAUGUUUUAAAGUGGCUGCCUCUAAAACCAGUUUCAUGAAUGUUUAACUUUCCCUCUGCCUCACAGAACGAGAAGUAACAAGACAGUCAACAUGAAAGUAGUGACAUGAAACAGCUGGAGAAGUGACUCAAGAUAAAAUAAAUCCAGUGUGAGACAAGAGAAGGACAACCCACACCUCUAAAUCAUUCCAACAUUUCAUCAGCUGAGGCUUUAACAGUAACAGAAAUCCUGUUGUAGAAUUUAUGGAACAUUUUGUAGGGUAUGUUGUCCGUUAAUAAGUCAACUGGCUUGAUAAAAAGCUUCUGUAUUAAACUCUGGCAUCAGUUUAUAUCUGAGGGAAACAUGGAAAUGCUCUCAUUUAUAUACAAACAAUGUCUGAAAAACACUCGCUGCAGCCACUAACAAGCUUAAAAUUCAGGAAGCAUCAUCAGCUGUGUGCAUGUGUGUGAGAGGGAAUGAGCUAGAUAAGAAGACAGAGACAUUCAGACAGACGAGAGCUGGAGUGCGUCCUCAGUGGAAUUACUCUCCGUUAAACAAUCUAAUCUUGAGGGAAUCGCAGCUGUUCAUAUGAGCGCUUUUGUUUUCCGAGCUGAGCAUUUGAACAACACAUAUGACACUUUCAGAGAGAGGAGAGGAGACAAGGAAAGAGGAGAGGAGGAGGAGGAAGUAGAGUAUGUCCAUUGUCAAACACUGCAGAUGGAAAAUAAAAUCUGUCCAGUGCAAACCACACGCUUUAUCUCGAAAAUAAUUUGAUUUAGAUUUAUUUUAAAGGUGUUUUAAAUAAACAGAAUGAUUUGGUUUAAGGAAUUCAUUUUCUAAAAGUCUCAGUAAUCUCCUGAAACAGCUGGGCACUGUAGUUUUUAGCAAACCUCACUUACUUAAGAGUAAAUUGUGCAUUUGUCGGGGACUAUUUUCAGUCGCAGAAUGAUACACAUUUGGUGCUCUAGGGGGUAUUCCCUGCAGCAGGACAAUGUAUAUGGGAUCGGCUGAAUCCAGAUGUCCAGACUUCAUGGCACUUGCAGACUUUGCGGGCGUGUUCCCAGUAAGUCUGAGAGUGCUGAGGGUUGUCAAAAUCCACAGUUCCUCCAGUCCACAAGGGGCCUCAAGCGCACUUCCUGCAAACUUCCAUAGAGUCCGCUUGGGGUGCAGACUUCACUGAUUUAAUUACCCAUAAUUCAUUGCAAUACGGACAUCGUGGUAGUGUUUUUUUUUUUU